GGAAACAGUCUGCUGUUGUUGACGAAAAGUAGCAUUAACGUGGAACAGGGUUUCUCUAGGUUCGCCUAUACCAUCAGCUGAAAGAGAUGUUAAGCAGGCGGCUGAAAAAUAUAAAUGAACACAUUUGUAGAGGAAAGCUAUAGUGUCAAGCAUGGCAGACAUGGCUACUGCGUUUUUAGAGCGUCAAGAAGACGAACUGAGUGUUUUGAAAGCGAUAUUGCUAGACGACGUGGAAGAUCUGAGAAGCGGAGAUGCUUGGAAAGUACAGCGUCCUCUGGAGAUGUUGCUAAAACUGUCACCCCAACAGUCACAGACACCAGAUGCUCAAGCCUAUGCCCAUGUUGACAUGCAUAUCAAAUGCUCAUGGCAGUACCCAGAUGUGGUGCCCAACAUCACUUUGCAAAACCCUCGGGGUCUCUCUAACUCUGAACUGGCUGAAUUGAAAGUGGAACUUGAGAAACUAGCUGCAGAGAGAGUUGGUGAAGUGAUGAUCUUGGACCUGGUGCAGUUGGUCCAGCAAUACCUGCACAGCCACAACCGACCACCCAGCAAAUCCUUCUAUGAUGAGAUGAUGAGCAACAAACGCAGACAAGAAGAGGAGCUUGCUCAGCAGCAGCAAAAGCAGCUAGAGCUGCUAAGGCGCAAAGAAGAGAAGGAGCGACAGCUGAUUGAAGAUGAAAUUCAACGAAGGCAAGAAGCACUGAGAAAUGAAUCCAAGAAAAAAUGGGAUGGAAACAGACAGAGGGAUGAAGCAGAGCCUACAGUUGGGUCACCCCACCAAACCUUCCUGGUGGCAGAUUCGUCUCACGCCACGCGCUCCAUGAGCAGUCCUGUGGGUCCCUCUCCAGGCAUCACCCCAAUCCCAGCAACUACUUUGGUCACUGCAACAACAAUCACUUUAGGUCGUCGGCAGAGACGCACCAGCACACCCCAUCGUGAUUCUGAGUCAGAAGGGGAUGAAGUCAGAUGUAAGGAGCAUGGCAGCACAGGUGUUACAGUACUGGCUUUUAACACACGUUUGGAGCGCACUGUACAACGGGGGAAGUGCUUAGGUCAGAGCAGUACAGGUAGUACUGUCUAUGCUGGGCUAGACAUCACCACAGGGGAGCUGGUGGCAGUCACAGAAUGGGUACUAAAGUGGCGCCACAUAGGCAAGAAGGCACAUACAAAAGCAACACAAAUGGAUGAAAAGGAUGACAAGGAAGGAGCUACUUACCUCAAACAGGUCCAGAGCGUUGAACAAGAACUGUCUACACUAACUCGUCUUCAUCAUGCCAACAUUGUGAAUUAUUUAGCCUUCCGACACCAAAGAGAACCAGGAAGGAUCGUUGUUCAUAUAUUGACGGAAUACUGCAGUGGAAGCAGUUUGGCAGUAUAUUUGCGCCGAAAACAGAACCUUCCCCUUGAGCUCCUUCGUUCUUACACAGAAGGCAUACUACAGGGUCUUCAGUAUCUUCACAGCAAAACUGUGGUACACAAGCACUUCCGAGCAUCCAGCAUUUUUGUGGAUAAUACAGGCACUGUGCGACUUGCUGACUUUGGCAUUGAGAAGAGGUUAAGCGAGUUGUAUCACAGUGUGGAAGCUGCCCGCCCAGGUGUUCGUUUUUCUAGUACCAUGCCACCAACCAUUGGACGUGGGGGAAUGAAAGGAGAUAUAUAUCAGAUGGGGGUCACUGUUUUAGCUUUAGCACUUGGGGAGCCUGUCACAGAGACAGUACCAGUGAUACCUACACAUCUCCCUCCCCAGCUUAUGGACUUCUUGACAAAAUGCUUGCUGAAAGAUGACCAUCUCAGGUGGUCUGCAUCUCAGCUGUUAGACCACACUUUUUUAAAAGAACCUAUUCAUGUGGUGCCAAUACCAGCUACUUCUUCAGCAAAGUCGUCUGCUAAGACACAAGAAGACGAACAAAGGGAUGAGAGUGAUGAUGAAGCAAGCCUUCCAUAUGUGACAUCAUUGGAAGCCAGUGGCCAGUCACGGUUAACCACAGAGUUUGAAGUCCUUCGUUCACUUGGGAAGGGGGGAUUUGGAGAUGUUUUAAAGGUCAGGAACAAGCUUGAUGGAAGGCUUUAUGCAAUCAAGAGGAUUGCACUAAACCCACGUAGCCAGCAUCUCAACAAGAAAAUCACCAGGGAGGUCAAACUCCUGUCUCGACUUAAUCAUGAAAAUAUUGUUAGAUACUACAAUUCUUGGAUUGAGCUGAGUGAUGACCCAGCCUGCUCAGACUCCUCCUCCAGCAUUACGCCAUCUUCAAAACUUUCUCCUUCACCAUCCUCGCAGCAGCAUCAGCAGCAGAACAAACCACCUGUACAUCCUCUUCUUCCUAAAAUAAGCCCAAAGAAUGAGCUGGACAUGUUUAAUGACAUUGAGAAAUUUGCCCCACAGAUGGCUGGUGACAGCUCUGAAUGGAGCAUCCAGAGAUCGUUUGAUGUUGCUGCUAUACCAGAAGACUCGGCAUCUGAUUCCGAUGAUGAUUUUGGAAGUGUCUUUGGAAACUCUUUUUUUGGCCGGUUAAACCAGUCAGAGAGUGUUCUUUUUGAUGAAGGUGACAGUAAUGGCGGUGAACAGAUAGAAGAUUAUGCAAAGACGAAAGUCCCUAAGAAGACUUUGUCUGAAAGCAGUCCUUCUUUGUGGAGUGCACCAGAGGAGACCCCAAAACUUCAGUAUCUCUAUAUUCAAAUGGAAUACUGUGAGAAAAGCACACUGAGGAACUGCAUUGAUGCAGGCUUGUCACAGGAUAUGGAUCGAGUGUGGCGUCUUUUCCGUGAGAUCAUUGAAGGGCUUCUUUACAUCCAUGAGCAGAGCAUGAUUCAUCGAGAUCUGAAGCCAGUUAACAUCUUCUUAGACUCAAAUGACCACGUGAAAAUUGGAGACUUUGGUCUUGCAACGACAGAUAUUGUCAAGCAACAAACAAGCAUACUGGAUUCAGCUUUACCACCUCCUGUAUAUCUGGACACCCUCAUGAGUUCGUCACGCUCAGGCAGUGGUGAUGGAAACCUCACUGGAAAAGUAGGAACGGCUCUCUAUGUCAGCCCCGAGAUGAUGACUGGUGGCAGCAAGCUUCAUUACACCCAGAAAGUGGACAUAUACAGCCUGGGCAUCAUCUUCUUUGAGAUGGUGUACAAGCUGUUGCCCACUGGGAUGGAGCGAGUCAAAGUUCUGACCAGUCUGCGACAGCCAGAUAUCAUCUUUCCUGAGGAUUUUGAUGAGUUAGGGCUAAGGAACCAGGCAGCCAUUAUUCGCUGGUUGCUGAACCAUGAUCCCAGUAAGCGUCCAAGUUCCAAGGAGCUGCUGCAAUCAACUUUGCUUCCACCGCCACAGAUGGAAGAAGCAGAACUGAAUGAAAUUCUUCAGUCAACAAUUGCCAACCCCCAGUCAUCCAGCUAUAGACGCAUUAUGUCCGCCCUUUUCUCUCAGCAGGUCAGCAAUGUUACCGAUUUCACCUUCAACAUGGAUCACAAGAGUGUGGUCAAUGUCAAAACAAUUCUGCAACAAGGUGUGGCUAUGGAACGUUUAAAGCACUUAUUUCAGCGCCACGGUGCUGUCAAGCUUAACACCCCUCUCUUGAUGCCCUGCCCACCAUGCUACUCACCAGAGGCACAGCUUCCUUGUUUUUUGGACAAUAAUGGGGGCAUCGUCAUGUUACCAUAUGAUCUGAGGAUUCCAUUUGCGCGGUUUGUGGCCCACAACCACAUCAGUAGCUUGAAGCGCUACAGUGUGGAACGUGUCUACAGACAAAAGAAGGUUUUUGGCUUACAUCCCAGAGAACUGAUGGAGUGUGCCUUUGACAUAGUCACUCAAACCCACUCCUGCACUGCACCUGAUGCAGAAGUAUUGGCCCUGGUUGAGGAAGUCAUCAAAGAAUUCCCCAGCUUGCAAAACCGCCAGUACAGAGUGUGUGUGAAUCACUCUCUCCUGCUGCAAGCUGUACUGCUUCAUUGUGGCAUUCCCCAAGACCAGCUGACCUCUGCUGUGGCUGCAGUGGCUGAUUGUCAGGCCACUGAAUCCAACAAGCUGUUUACAGUACUGAGCAAUUUGAAGCCACAGUUGCCUAGCACAGCCUUGGCACAGCUCAUUAAUUAUUUACUGCUUGAGGAAAGCUUUGCUAAAGUGUCUGCUAGUCUACGACCAGUCAUUCGCAAUCAGGGCCCAGCAGGAACUUUUGCUAAACAGGCUCUGCAUGAGAUUGAGUCCAUUCUUGCCCAGGCAAAGACACUGGGCCUCAAAAUGGAGGUGUACAUGUGUGUGGGUAUGUCGUAUGGCAUGCGGCAGUUCUCUGGAAUUAUUUUUCAAGUCUUCCAUCGCACCAUACGCAAAAAACGAACCAUCACAGAAAUUCUUGCAGUUGGUGGAAGAUAUGACAAAAUGAUAUACAAAUUUCGUCCACCUGCGGGAAUUCAUGAUGCAUCAGUCCCUUGUCAGGGAGCUGUUGGUGUCAGUUUUGCCUUUGAUCAGCUGGUUAGCUCCCUCCUAGAAGAGAAAGGGAUGCAGACCCCAGCUCCUUGUGAUGUUCUUGUGUGCACUGUUGGCCACAACGCCUUGAUAAAGGAGCGCCUGACCAUUGCCCGUGACCUCUGGGCUGCUGGCAUUCAAACAGAUGUCAUCUACGAUACUUUAAAGAGUGUUGAAGAAAUCCAAGAUUUCUGUCGCACAGCUGGCAUUGCUUUCUUGGUCAUUUUGAAGGAUGGAGAAAAUGGCUAUGUCAAGGUGAAAACUGUAGACAGCAAGAUAUCAGAGAAGCGAAUUUUGACCUCAGAACUUAUCGACUUCAUUCAGCUCAAACUGGCAGCCAUGAAAAUAGACAAGGAAAUAACAGAUGCCAGUGGCGCAAGUUCUGGUCGCAUUUCUGGGUCAGACAGCAACAACAGCACAACCACCAACGGCCAGUCCUUCAACUUUACUUUCACAUCUAAGACUGGAACGAAACUUAUAGCAGGCCAUCGGCGCCGGAUUGAGAAUUUGGUUGUGAGCAAGGUGACAUCUACUAUGCCAUGGCUUUCAGGGCACAAGGAGGUUGUUAUUGUGGAAAUGGCUGAGCAAGCACUUAAAACCAUCAAAUCACACAUAGAGCUUGGCAUAGAAGAGACAGACUUUGAAAAGAAUGCGCAAGAACUCAUUAAAAAAAUGCCAAGAGACCGUGAAUAUUUGCCUAAAAUUAUGGAGCAUAUACACAGUAUUAAAUAUGUCAAAAAGAUUGACUGCAUCAUUUUGUAUGGAACAAAAGAUGACAGCUUGCGGCUCCUAACCUGAUGCAGAACUAGAUUGCCUACUUCCUAAUGUGAUGCAUAGCAGUUUUGCAUACUUCCUGAUAUGCAGAGCUAUGUUGGAUUGAAACUCAUCAACACUUUAACUGAGUCUAGUCAGUGGAUAUUUUUCAGCAAUUUCAAUUCAUCUGUAUCCACUCAAAUAAAUUCUGCUGCAAGACUAAAGACAAGUGGAAGAAGGCUAAAAGAAUCUGGUCUUCAAUUUAUGACAAUCAUUUAUGUAAAAUUAUUCAUUUUCUUGUGAAUAUCAUGGUUUUUGUGGAGAAUGUAUAAUUUCAUAUGGAUCGAUCAUUUCUUGAUUCUGGGUUGCCGAAGGCAUUUAUUUCAUUGUUAUUGUAUAUCUUUGACCAGCAGUCACAUUUCUGUUUAACCUUUCAUGUCCCCACUCUCUCGUUUUUAAAGACCAGUAAAAUGCUGCUUGAAAAUAAUGACAAUGUUAAUUUGGUAUCAUGGUUAUUUGGGUAAAGUGAUAAAUAUUAUUGAAAUAGAACUGCCUCUUUUCAUAUAAACUGACCAGUCACAUUGAAGAAAUUUUGUACUUGCUUUCUUCUUAAAGCACAAAUUAUUCAGUCAUUCCUUCCUUACUAUAAAGGUUGAAAUUUUAAGAGCUUGAUUAGACCAAACAUCCAGAACUUUUGGACCAUUAAGCAUACAUUCCUUUCAAGAGUACUCAUCAGUUUGUCAUGAGCGGAAGGAAAGCAGAUUUUUGUGUUAGCUUUCUCUGUCAUUCAUACGAGUUUCCAGCUGAUCAUCUAUGUUGAAUAGGCAAGAGGAGCAACAUGAUCACAGAAUGUGUUCUAGGCUGUUCCAGACUUUGCCAUACCAGUUUAGUUUUUUCUGUGCAAAACUAUCAUAGCUGUCUUUAUGGUGGGUUGAUUCACAAGUUGACAUAGUAGAUAAACUGCCAGUAUUCUGUUUUUCAGAACAUAAAAGUAUAUACUGAAAGUAUGAUGAUCAUUUGUAAACAUUUUUAAGCAUUAUGUUCUAGAUUAAAGACUUGCAUGUGUAUGUGAUAGAGCUGCACAUAAUGCGUGUGCAAUGUCAUGCCUGCAUGCUCAUUAUUACUAAGAAGGAGAGAGAGAAAGAAAAAAAAAGAAGAAAAAGAAAUAAUAUUUUAUGAAAUUGGAAAAAAAUGAUACUUUAAACUUUAAGAUCAACUGUAUUCAAUUAUUAACAGUAUCAUCGAGAACUGAAAAUAGAGUUCAGUGUUGCAAUGUUUUGCUUGUUAUAUUAUCCAUUGAGAAGGAAUUCAAAGGAGAAUUUUAGCAAAAUGAGCAGUACUUCCUAUAAAGUUAUAUAAAAUUCUUGUCCACCUUUCCUAAAUCUUUAAGAAUUUUAUGUCAACUAUAUUCCUUCAUGGCAAGAUCACAAUUUUAUGUGAACUGUAUUUCUUCAGGACAAGAUCACAUAACCAGUUCCAGAACAAAAGAGCAUCAUGUGCAAAAUGGCAAUGUUUAGUUGUAGCAUCAGAAAGAUAGCAUGCGUCCUAUAAAAGAGCUGAUAUGUCAUGUGUGAAAGACAGCAUAAAUGUGUGAUGAUGCCAUCUGUAAAAAGUCGACUUUGUCACUCUUGUGCAUAUGUAAAUAAGACUGAGAAGCCAGCACUGUGUUCACACUAGGUACUCACAGAGAUGUUAAAGGAGAAUGAGACAGUGUGUUUGUAUAUGUGUUUUCAAGUUUAUGUGAUGUGUUUACUCACAGAUGCUAAUGUAUGUAUUUGACAAACCUGAUAUUGAUAGAGUAGGAAAAGGGUAGAGGUACUGGUUAAAAUGUUGAGACAGUGAAAGAUUAAUGUAAGAGAGAGAGGUUGACAAAACUUAUCAGUUGAAACGGAUAGAACUGUAGUAAUGUAUGUGAAAAAAAAAUUGUCAUUUGUCCCUUGACUGGUCCCAUCAUGGGGGAGAAGCACAUGGACAGAUGCCGCAACUGACAAGGCUUGCAACUCACUCCUGUCUUGAAUGACAGUGAGCAGGUCCUGCACAGAAUGACCAAUCCACUCUUUCACAUUCAUAAAACAGGGUUCAUCAUUGCUGCAUAUCAGACUCCAACAACUGUACCUCCAGAGCCAGGUAGGGAAUGAGAAGAAACAAAGACUCCUGUAGCCUUUAUCUUUUCAAGAUUGCAGCGUGACCAUUUUCCCGUGGCUAAGAUGAAUGGAGACUUCGCUAUGCUUGAAUCUGUGGCAGCCACUCUUGACACCAGGUGGUGCAGAAGUGAAAAGAUAACCAUGUAGCUUCUCUAAAACUUUAGGGACUUACAAAAACAUUGUCUGUUUAUGUGGUUACAAAUAUUGUAAGCUUAAAAAGAAAAACAAAAACUUUGGAACAGUCAAGCCAUCAGCUGUCAUCUCAACUAAUACCAGCAGACACCCAUCCCCAAACCCAGUACCUCUUGUAUUAUUUUGGUUGUUUUUCCAGUUUCUCGCACUGAGCAUUUUUACACAACUACAUGUCUGCAUGUGUCAGGAGGGCUGAAUGUGCAGUCUGUACAUGACGGAACAGUGUUGCAUUUACUCUUAUAAUUAAUUUGAAACUUUGUUUCAUGCAUUCUGAAAUUUCUUGUGUGGCCAGUGUGAGCUGACCAUUUGGAGUUAUUGACCAGCUACUUUUGAGUGCUGGUAUUAGUGAAGCUUCAGGAAAUUAUGGACUUUUCUGGAUGGUGUUGAUGUGUGGAUGGUGCUACAGAUACCUUGGGGAUUUUACUAGUGGGAAGAUCAACUGCAAAACAGAUCAGCAGUUUGUAACAGACUGCAAGAAGAAGAGAUUCACUUUCAUCACAAAGAAAAAGCAACAGUGUGGUUAUUUUUUGCUUGAAUUGUUUUCUUUUUCCUGGUUCCAACGUUUAUGGCCAUUCAAGCUUUCUCUUACACCCUCUUACUACUUAGAGCAUGGCAUCUUCAUGCUGGUGAACCCCAUCCUGUGUGCAUCAGGCACGAUGAAAACAUUUUACAUGAAAGAUUGUGAGGCAGUGUUCACAUCUGUUUGUAAGGUUGUUAGAUAUUCUAACAUAUCAAAAAAUCUGUUGCACAAUGUUGUUUUAUGAUACCUCUUGCCUUCCUUUUUUUUUUUAGGACUUGGGCCUUGUUUAUAAACAUAUCUGGCAAUCUGGCAUGCAGCUCAGCUGUUGCUUAGGUGGUGAGCAUAGAGACUGCUGCUGGUUAUAUCAGAAGCUGUGAUAAUUUAUGUUGCAGACAUGUCUGUCAGAAUUGAAUUUGCAGCCUGCCACCUUCCACAUCAUGUUGGUGGUUUAACAUAUUCUGCUUCUGCAUAGAGCAGGCCAAUGUGCUUACAAAGUAAUGACCAUUUCUAAAGCGAUAAUCACAACAGUAUUUUACAGUUCAGCAAACAUAUUUGAGAGUAACAUUGCUAUUGCCUUUUCCUUGUGGUGCCUUUUGUGUAUCAUGUUAGUCUGUCACUAUUCCAUGGAUGCCAUCAUCUUAGAACACCAGCUGUUAUGGUUACAUAUGAUGAACAUAAUGAUGCAUUCUAGCAUUUAGCAUGUUUCAUUAGAGAGUUGCAUUGCUUAUGAAAUUAGUUGCAUUUCUAUGAUUUUCAGAUAUUUUGAUUUUGUUUGAAGUUGAGGAUAGUAUAUCUUUUCUUAAGUGUUCCAUAUGGGACAUUUUAGACUGUUAUAAAAUUAUAUGGUCAUGAUUUAACAAAAACUUUCAUGCAACUAUGACUUAAAGAGGCUUCUUUACUUCAUGACCACUACAGUAUUAUGUAAUAAAUACGUUCUGGUGCAUAUUUCCAACCAUUGGGUUUGUAUUGCCUUCUAAUAAAAUACAGUUCACACUCACACACAAGCUUGUGCAUGCACAUAAUGUCUGUUGUCAGACAUAAUGAGCUUGACAUUUCUCCAGUAAUAAACUUUUGUUUAUGCACUGAA